AUGAGCAUUCAGGACAUUUCUGAGGAGGAAGCUGCAUUAUAUGACCGACAGAUUCGAUUGUGGGGAUUAGAAGCGCAGUCUCGGUUAAAGAAGACAAAGCUUCUUCUCAUUGGGCUCUCACCUAUUGCUGCUGAAAUAAUCAAAAAUAUUGUUUUGUGUGGCGUUGAUACGUUGACGAUAUGUGACGAUAAAGUUAGAAACACUUCGGCAGCGAAAAGGGCACGGACACUCAACGAGGCGGUUACGAUAACAUGUGAGGAAAGCAUGAGUGUGGACUUCCUCUCGAACAAGUAUCAGGAUUAUAAUGAAGUGAUAGUUGCGUCAUUUCAAGGCUCGAUUGUCCCCUAUCUGCUCGAAUACUUAGGGAAGCUUGGCCCCGGAUUGCAGAAGAUCUCGGGUUUGUCUCACAGAGGUGAACCGAGAGGCAAUUGGUUCUUCAUGGACGGACGGUCGUGCGAGGUGGCUGUUUUGUGGUUCCCAGUGCGCCCCUAG